CCUUCACACUCCUCCUACUUCUUCAAAUUUCAGUUGUUCACCUUUAAAUUAUUUAGUUUUUGCGAUUAACGGUAAUUCGUAAGUUUGUUUUGUAUUACUUUUCAUUGUCCUUUGUGAUUUUAUGUUAGUAACUUAAUUACAGUUUUAUUGCAGAUGGCAUUCCAAAGGUUCACGCUUGGGUUGCGGUGGAAUGGUUACACGGAAGAGACCGAAAAGGGUGUAAGUUACAUCGGUGGCAAUUUUUAUAAAAUGAUGGUCCGUACGAGACCGAUGCUUGAAGAGCUCCAUCAAAUGUGCACUCAGAUUACCUGCAUGGAUGGCACUUGAAGAGUUGAUCAAAUGGUGUAUCGAUAUCCAAACAGACAUGACAAGUUGCUGUGGAAUGAGGAAUUCCUCCUUACCACUCAGGAGGACGUUGAUGCCAUGGUUAAAUUUUUGACCACCAAUAAAAUUAAGCAAGCAGAGAUGUUCGUUUACACCGAGGCCGUCGAAGGCAGUGUAGGUCAUUCUGGAGAUGGCCAAACAUCUGGUAUCCACGGCGGGAGUGUAUUAUACGAAGAUCAUCCCCACUAGGAGUACCAAGACUCGAGCUGGAGGCAGGAGUAUCAUGAUGGAACUGGAGGUCAUCAUCAAUCCUUCCCUUCAUAUGAAGAAGAAGCUCAACAGGCGGAUCAUAACCAAUAAGCAGGCUACCAGUACCCACCCGAGUACAACUUCUACCAAAGCGGUGUUAGUUACCACAACUACCAUUACGGAGCUGGUGAAGGUGAAGGUGCCUUUCAUGAUGAUAAUCAGAUGGAAGAAGAGGUCAAUCCAAGUCCAGUUGGUGACCCUGAGGUUGAAGAAGAGGAAGGUGAUGUUAGUGCAGACAACUUCGAUCCUCUGGAAGGUGCUGAUGAUUCCGGUCCAGAUUCAGACGCAGACAGUGAUGAGGUACCUCGCGACUGUGUACCUAUCCUGUACUACAAUCACAUUCAAAAUGAAGAUUGGUAUGUUGAUGCCGACAUGGACCCGCCAGAGGUGCCAGUAUGGGGUCCACUCACUGGCUUUACGAAGGGCCAACAAUAUGCAACUAAGAAUGAGGUCCGACACGCUAUUGCCACUGAAGCAAUGACUCGGAGUUUUGAAUGGCAAACAACCCAUUCCGACACAAAGAGGCUGAUGGUUUGAUGCAAAAAUGAAAAUGAGGGAUGCAA